GGGCCGGUAGACCUAGAUAUACACUCAGUAAUACAUCUGGAUUGGGUUUGAAACCCGAUCUUCCGUUUAAGCUUCUGAGGCAUUGACGCAAUUGCGGUCAGACGCUCGCUUCUCAUUUGGUGACCGAGAGAGACCGGUGAGAAGCAGGCGCAGAGAUGGCGGGUAGCGAGGCGACGAUGAGAACUCCGCUUUUGUACAUCAUGCCGUCGGAUGGGGUAAAAGAAUAAGAGAGAUGACCAAAUAGAGGUGCGAUCAAGGCCAAAUAACGUUUUGUUCAUAAUCGCGAGCACCGCUUUUUGAUUCCUUGUGUCCUCACCCGUCCCCUCCUCCUUCCUCCCGCGGCUCGGUUUCCUUUCCUUCGUCUUUCUUUUUGUCGACACGCACACGCACAAUCAUGCAAUUCACCGUCUCUUUUGCCAUCUUCCUCUCUGCCGCUACACUCGUCGUCCCCGCUUCUGCACACGGCUGGACAAGCAAAGUCGUCGUAGGCGGAAAGUCGUUCCUCGGCAACGAACCCGCCGAACAGCAACCCACGCCCAACCCAAGCAUCGUUCGCCAGAUCUCGACCGUAUCGCCCGUGAAGGAUCUCUCCUCGACGGACCUCAUAUGCGGCAACAGCGCUACCAAGGCGUCGCAGGUCGCCACCGUCGCCGCAGGGAGUGCGAUGCAGGUUACUCUGCUCACGCUCUCCGGGAACUGGUUCCACGAUGUGGGGCCUAUCAUGGCGUACAUGGCGAGCUGCGGCAGCACAUCCUGCAAGGACUUUGACGCGACGGGUGCGAAAUGGUUCAAGAUCUACGAAGCGGGUUUGGAUCCGUCCACCGGGACGUGGUUCCAGGCUAAUCUCGACAAUGGGUCCCCGAUCAAUGUCACCAUACCGGCGAACCUUAAAGCGGGAAACUACCUACUCCGGACGGAAGUCGUUGCACUGCACACCGCACAGUCCCCCGGCGGUGCCGAGUUCUACCCGAGUUGCUCGCAGCUUAGUGUGACCGGCACAGGCUCCGCGGUGCCGAAGGCCAGCGAGCUGGUCCAGUUCCCUGGAGCCUACGGGACGAACGACCCUGGUGUCCUCAUUGACGUGUAUGACAUGAAGGCGGCUUACCGAUUUCCCGGCCCUGUUGUCGCCUCCUUCGUUUCUGGAUCCAGCGCGGCCGCUCCUCCCUCCAACUCACCGCAGCCAUCCGAAAGCGCCUCAUCAGUGUCGACUGAGACGGCUACUCACAGCACCACCGUGCACCAUUCGAGCGCUCCCACUGCAAAGUCGACGACGGCGCCGCACCACACGACUACGGUUGUCGCACCUGCGAGUACUCCGACGUCGACGACGACUGCCAAGACGUGCAAGGCGAAGCACGCUUCGCGUCGUCGCGAUGCCCGCAUCGAUCGCGACUUCGUUCGUAACGAAGUUCGUCGUUCGCGCGCCAGGCACAUGCAUGCAGGCGCUGUGCCCCGCUCGUUCUGAGCACGACCAAAUCACCACAUGAUCUACAUGACCCCCAUCCCAACAACCACAUCCAGACACGAUCCAUCACAUCCUUCCUCACGCCAUUACUUGCUUUGUUAUGCUCUAUUUGUCUUGCUCUGUCUCAUGUGCUCGAACGAGUUUCGAGUGGGCCUAGUGCCCAUCUCUAUCUAUGUUACCUGCUGCGCCUGGCCUCUGGGGUCUGGCGCGUGCGAUAGUGGGCCUAGUGUCCGCUCAGGAAUGCAAAUACAUCAUACAUACAUUCCAGAAAUGCUGUAGCCUAGUGCGUAUUUAGCAAAUGACGUCGUCUAGAACGACUGGUGCCUUUUACUGCAUUGCCAUGGCUGGACUAGAUCGUGCCCUGUACGGCGCUUCGUCAUUCAGAAUGGGAACCAA